AUGUAUACCAGUUUCAAUCAACUGUUGCGUGCUUUGCUGCUUGCCAUCCUGGCCUUCGACUUGCCUGGAUCUCUCGCGGUGCCACUCGAAAGGGAAUUGAUUGAAAGGGACACUUGCACGGAUCUGACUUCCCUUGUGCCCCUGGGCCUCGCUGUGCGGCAGACAGGUACAACAACUCCGACUACGACCAUCGGUAACCUGCUGGGCCAGGACACGCCUUGCAUCCCAACCACAGUCGACACCUCUUCACUCAAGGCCGUCAUCUCUGCCCUGGCUGAGGCUCACCCUUCGCGUAUCAAGGCUCGCAACUUCUGGGGCACCUGGGUGGGCAAGGCCCUCAAGGGUGCGUGGAGUGACAUCAAGUCGGAAAUCAUCACCAUCGCAGUUGAGGAUAUUGCGGAGUGGACUGGCGUCGGGGAGUGGGUAGAAUUGGUGCUCCAAGGCUGGAAACUUGUCACCAGUCUAGAUAAGAAAAACGUCACUGUCACAAGUCCUGACGGCACGAUUACCAAGAUUGACGAGUUCGUCGGCGUCCACUUAAAACUUCGCAAUGUGAGCAGUGACCUCUAA